AUGGAGAAGGCAACACAGCGGCUCAAUCUUCUGUUCCUGAACAACGAGCCCCUGCUCGAGAAAGACACUGGCUUACGUCUCCCUGUCAUAAAGACAAAGCCCGAGAUCCUCACCACUGCCAACCCAACUGUCGCCAAUAAGAACAGAAACUUAUCUCAUGGCCGUCAUCCAGAGCCUUCAGCCAGUGUGGUAGUCAACAAUCAAAUUGUGGCACCUGACAAGGUCGACACGCUUCAAACCAGAUUGAAUUAUGGAAGGAAUAAAGAGGACGGAGAUGGGUUUGACGAACGCACCGCUUUUCAGUCCGGGCUUGAAGCGUCUCCGUCAGUGGUUGCACAGUCAUUUUGCCCCGCCGCAGCCAUCAUGAAGCUACCAUACAAGUACAUGCGUGGUACAACAGCGGAGAUUAUUGGAAGGCGCUUCUUUGACAAGGGCCAAUUCUGGGCAAGAGAAUGGGACCUCUAUUACAUCUUUCCUCCUCGGGAUCUAGCACCAGGCCCUCUGCUUCUAUUGCCUGCCUCUCAAGUACAACAAUUCCUAAACCUAAUCAGCAAAGAUUACGAAAUGCGUUUGACAAUCCCAAUGGACUCUGAGCUGGGGUUACUGCUGUCCUUCCAGGAGGAAGGAAUACCCAAACCAAAAUACCUAGGUCGCUCCACAAAUAGAGAUGUUAAGGAUGACCUGGUCUCCACGAUAUCAUCGCUGCCCAGGGAUUCAGUGGAUUUCAUUGACCAGCCAUCCGAUGGCUUGGUGAUCGCUAUUGACAUAGUCAAUGCGUUUCGUGAAAAGUUGGAAGCUGGACUCAAUGCCACAAGGAAUAAGUCUAAGGCAUCAAAAGAGAAGCGGCGGGCUGCGAAAAUCGAGAGACAACGAAAAUGGGUACGCGAUCUUAAGAGAGCGCAAUGUUAUUUCGGGCUUCAUCCUCGUUGCAAGGGUUACAUAAGCCAUAGUUCUGCCAAAGACGAGUUGACAGCUCCUCUGCCACCUCUUCUCCUGGAUAUUGUGGCUCCAUACUCAUUCGCAGAUCAUCCCAUCUUCAUAAGCAUCGAUGUGGAAUGGAAUGAGCGCCAGCGCAACCAAAUCACGGAAGUGGGCAUCUCCACCUUGGAUACUCUAGACAUUGCUCAUGUAGCUCCUGGCCUAGGCGGAAAAAGCUGGCAACAAUGGAUUCGUUCUCGACACAUUCGAAUUAAGGAGUAUGCUCAUAUUGUCAAUUGCGAAUUUAUAUCAGGUUGCCCCGACCAUUUCGGAUUCGGCAAGAGUGAGUUUGUCCCUCUUCAAGACGCUGCCCGAGUGGUAGAGAGCUGCUUCAAGCCACCUUAUUCUGCUCAAGUUCCUGUGAAGUUCGUCGCUGAGGAAUCCAAUGGAGACACGCCAAGAGUUACGAUUGAGAAAGCUAUCGAAGGAUACAAGUUGCGCCCUCGCAACGUAGUACUAGUUGGUCACGGCUUACAUGCCGACGUCAGUUAUCUCUGCGCUCUUGGUUGCGAUAUGUUUGCUGAAAACGUCUCAAAGAUACAGUCCCCAAACUCUUCACAAGUCCUAGUGAAAGAGCCGCCUGACCACAAUGCAAAAUUGCUGUUUCUCGAUACGCUGGAUACAGCAACGAUGUUUCAGGGACUUAAAAGGGAUGUACAUUCCCGUAGUCUUGAAAGCGUACUCGCUUCUCUCGGUAUACUUGGCUGGAAUCUGCAUAAUGCUGGUAAUGAUGCCCGUUAUACUCUUGAGGCUAUGGUACGCAUGACCAUCAAUGCGAGAGUCGCUCUAGAUAAAGGGCCACAGGAACUUUCUGGAAACUACAUGGAUUGGGCACUGAGGCCUCUCGCAAACAAAGACUCUGCUCUGCAUGAAUUAGCUUGGCAAACUGAAGUUGAUCGCCGUGUUUCUGAGGUGGCGGCUGACAGGGAAGAACAAAUACGAGAUGAUUGCAAGAUCUGGGAAACUGUCACAGGGUGGGAUAGUGGAAAUCCGCCGACUUCCCAGGACAUUGACGGCGGGGAACCAAGAGAGCUUAUCUUCAACUGA